UUUCACAAUUUCGUGCCUUAAAAUCGAUCGGCGAGCGUCCAGACAUGCGGCUCUAACCGAAACGGAAAACUCUAGCCUCAGUCUCUGUUUGGUCGUUAGAGCGGCCGUACUCGUCACACCAACCCCCGCCGAAAGUUGCAUUCGCACUCGUCGGGUUUAUCGACUAAACGAUUUUCGCGCCAUUUUUCGUUUUAUCGCAAAUUAGCGGCAGGCUUCGAAUACGAACGUUUCCUUUCUUUUGCGUGACGGUUUGAUGUCGGUCGAGGAAAAAUCUUCGGGUUCCGUGUGUCGUCCUGUGGUAAACAAACAACGUGUCGUGAGAAAAAAAUGACAAACGAAUCGUGACAAUGAACGCGCUCGCGGUACUGGCGCUUUCGUUAUUGAUGUUGACAUUGUUUUGCAGACGAGAGGUGUUGAGUAUAAAUUAUUCCGGAUCCGGAGUAGACGGGGAUCCCCCUCCGGGACGGUCACCUGGACCGCCACCGGUUAGCACCGGAAAUGACCGUCGGAGACCAAAGGUCGAUGUUAUGGAAGAUAAGUGCGGGUACCAGUCAGAUACAGAAACAAUUGAAAAUGACUUAUUAAACUUGACGGUGUCUCACGAACUAUUUACAUCUGAUUUAUUGGUCGCGGGAGUUGUGUACGAAGUACGCAUCACGCGGAAUACUCCUGGGCCAAUCGUCGAUUUUGCGAUCUCUUCGUCGAUGUCGGCAGAAUUUGUGCAUCACAAAAUGAAAAAUUGCAACCCAUUUGGAUUUAAAGGUCAAUUGGAGUCUCAGACUUUGCUCAACUGGACCAUCGGAAACUACGACGAUAACAUUUCCAAUAUAACGCUGAGGUUAAAUUAUGUGAUUGGGGAGGACCCGACCGUGUACGAGCAGAUUUACAGCUUUCCCACAACGCGAGAUUGUAAACUGUUUCUCAAGCCAGACUCUGCCGCGGUGACGCAAAAAAACAUCCCCGGAUUCCAGGAGUGCCGGGUUUGGUUCCCUUCAACUAAAAAAGGUCACGGCCUCGUGGUCGAACUAAUUCGACUCAAUGUUCCGUGCGGAAGAGGGUUCGUUCACUUCUACGAGGUGAACGAAACACACCAUCAAUCCAGGGCACACAACAAACCUACGAAAUUAUGCGGAAAGCUGGAAGAACUUGCAGAAGCAGAACGCCACAUCCAUUUCCCUUCAAUUUUCCGUUCGCAACCUUUUAUGCACUUGCACGGCAAACCCACAUUUUCGGUAUCUUAUCGGUUGGUCGACUACUGCUACAAUGUCACGUUCGUCAGCAGGAACGGGUCGUUCGAACUUAGGCCGACGGGGGAGUUGCAGUGCACAUUCAAAAUUUAUCUGCCAUACGGGAAUAGGAUCGCCCUCAAAUUGCAAAUUGGCGACAGUUCGACCAGAGAAUCGCCAGAUACCGUGCUCAACUUCCAGGACUUGAAGAACGGCCUAAUCGAAUGUGACGGCCUGUUGACUCAACUCCAAGACGGGACGUCAACGUGGUCCCACUGUACGAAACCGGGCGACGCAGAAAGACAAAUUGAAAUAGUCUCGAAGGAGAACAAAAUUUCCCUCAAAGUGUUCGUGCGAAAUAUCGGGAGUAAUUCGGGUGCGUUGGGACUACGGAUGUCGUACAGGGCCGACGCCGUCGAAGAAAUCGUCGGCCCUUGCGAUUUCGGGUGGAUCGCGGUGAAUCAGUUUUGCGUCGCGACGCCUGAGCAAGUGCGGUUGACUUGGACCGACGCGGAGGGGGAGUGCGUGCGACGCGGCGGACAUUUACUGAGCAUCAGGAGCGAGCGCGAUCAGAACAUGGUUGAUCGAUUGCUGUUUAAUAGUCCUGGGUACAAAGAACAUAACGCCUAUUGGAUAGGAGCUUCCGACAAAGCUCAUGAAAGCGAUUUUAGAUGGUCGGACGGUUUGCCUUUCGCCUACACAAACUGGUUUCCCGGAUGGCCACAGCAUCAACACUACAAUAAACAGCCGAACGAUGACGGGUUGAGCGAGCAGGAUUGCGUAGAAGCUAGGAGAACCUACUCGGUACCGUCUUCUUCGAUCGGUUUCACCCCCAGUUUCAUGUGGAACGACAGGGAUUGCUCCGCGUUAAAUUAUUUCCUAUGCGAGAGGCUCCAGAGUGAAGAUACUUUGGCCACCAUUUGGCCGACCGACUGCAACCACUCGGUAACACUGUCCAAUCAGCAACCGAGGACUGCUAUUUCGAGUCCCGGAUUUCCGAGACAUUACCCCGACAACUAUGACUGUGAUACGAAUAUAUUAGCUCCGUCUGGUUAUAGAAUUAUUCUAGAUUUCGAAGAAUUAGUGAUAGAAAACGAACCGAGUUGCAGUUAUGAUUAUUUAGAAAUCUCGGAGAAUUCCUCCAAUGCGUCGUCCAAUCAGCCUAAAAUUCGAAGACUAUGCGGUGACUGGAGUACGAAAUUAAAGUUACUGCGUUACGUCAGUCAGGGGUCUAGAGUUCGACUUCGCUUCAGCUCUGAUUACUCUCAUCAUUAUGGUGGAUAUAAAGCACGGGUCUCUAUGGAAAAUGCGAUGCAAUGCGGCGAUGAUCGCUUUCACUUGUUCAAGACCGCUUGUUACUUGGUAGUCAGUUAUCCAGAGGUCACGUGGACGACGGCCCAGCAAAUAUGCCGCGGAUUGAAAGCGAAUUUAACAUCGGUGCUGACAUCCGAAGAAGGAAGAUUUAUUACGAGUAAUAUAAGAAGGAGUCCUGAAUACAGAACGAGUGCCGUCUACUGGUUAGGAGGAAAAGCAGAGCCCACAUCAGACUUUAAAUGGAUCGACGGGAAUCCAAUGGAUUACUCCGGAUGGCUUCCCGGACAAAGACCGACCGAGAAUGACUUGACUGAAAAUUCCGCAGAACCCCAAUGUUUGGCCGUAAAAUGGACCCCAUCGUUGACGCCGAUGAUGACCAGCGGACUCUAUUGGAAGUCACACAAGUGCACUCAGGUUGGCGGUUACAUCUGCAAAAGGAAGCACAUGCUGUCUGACGUCGAAGUCAACUUCAAUAAGACUGUCAAUAGCUCAGAGGGAACGCUCACGACCCCAAAUCAUCCAGAGAACUAUUUUAAUAAUUUGGAUUUUUUAGUUAGAAUCGUCGGACCGGAACGAACGAGACUCGUUAUAAGGUUUGAUAAAAUAGACAUCGAAUCGCAACUUGAGUGCCUAUACGACUACGUCGAAUUAAAGUCUUCCUCGAAGUUUAAAGAGCCGAACGAUGCCGUAAAAUAUUGCGGCAGCCAUGAAAGGCAAAUGAGACGGUUCGAUUUUGUCUCGGCGACGAACGAAGCUGAAGUUAGAUUCCAUUCGGAUUAUUCCGUAACGGGAAACGGUUUUUCUCUUAGCUGGCACGCGGUAGAUGUAUCCGCCUGCCCUUUCCAGACGUUAACGACACUCGAAGGAACGAUCUCGAGUCCCAACUACCCGGAUUUUUUACUCGCCCAUCUCGAUUGCACCUUCGUAAUACGUUCGACGCCCGGAAAAAGGGUUUGGAUCGAGUUCUCGGACAUCGACCUCGAUUCGGAUACCGAAAGUGAAACGCCUAACAACGAAAAUAAAGAAACGAUCUUCGAAUUGCAGCUGAGCAAGCGAUCUGAAGCUUUCCGACCAUUCGAAAUGGAAGAUUUGCUCACCGAUGGUAGUUUUAUAUCCGUCGAAGAAACUUUAAAAAUACGCCUACGGACUGGAGCUUUUCCAAAAGGGAGGGGCUUCCAAGCAUUCUACAAAACAAUCAGCAACAACGCAACCGAAGAAAAGAUUAUUCCCUUAAGGAACUCUUCCGCAGGUGUUUUACUGCACCUAAAUUAUCCCGGUUACCCGCCACCCAACAUUAAUUUCCUGCAACGACUCGUUGCCCCCUUGGGCUACACGAUUUCGCUGGAACUGCAUCGAGUAAAGUUGAGCGAAGCGGAUUGCAAGGAUAGAAAUGGAGUUAUCGAAGUGUACGACAGUUAUUCGGAUACAAACGGAACACUGUGGAAAUUGUGUUACGACACGGAAGACGAGAUGUCGCUGAUUUCCCCGCCGGCGAUUUACCUUAAAUCGUUCCUAAACACCCUCCAGCUGAGGCAGAAAAGCGGCGUCCUCGGGAACCCCUUAAACGGCUCCUUGAAAGUUUUUCAGGAUGAGGCGUACAAGAAAAAGAUCAUUAAUGCUGACUACAAUAGAGUGGAGUCUUGUAUGCCCAAUCCAUGUCAAUAUGGUGGAAGAUGUGUAAAUAGAAAAUCCAGGAAAAUUUGCCAGUGCGUCGGGCAUUUCACGGGUCUUUUUUGUGCUUUGACGCAAUGCGAACUGGAACCCUGCGUAUUCGGAACUUGCCAACUGACGAACUCUAGCUAUAAGUGCCACUGCAAGGCAGGCUAUAUCGGCCCUACGUGCGAACAGAAGCGAAAACCCUGUGAAGGGAACCCGUGCGAGAGUCGCGGUACCUGUAUCGAAAAAGGAGGUGGAUUUCAAUGCCAGUGCCACGCCUGGUGGGAAGGAUCCCGUUGCGAGAAAAGGAUGCUUCACAUACCGUACAAACCUCUAAGCGAACGCAUGCUCCACGAACCGUUUUGGCUCGGUCUCAUGACGGUGUUCGUUGUCAUGGGGGUCAUCGGACUAGUGUGGUGUGCGAAACGUCACUUCCCAGAGAAAAUCGAGAAGCUGCUUGCCGAAGACGACAAUAGAAACAGAAUUCACUCGCUGCGCAGUACGUCGGUGAGAGAACAGUUAGCGGCUGCGUCCAGCGCAUCAGCAGUGACAGUCACACCCAGUCCCGGGCCAGGGUCGGCGUCGCGCUCGAUCUUCGGACGUCUCGGUAUUCGCAAGCCGUCCAUCCUCAGCCUGACCAGUCCACACGCCAGCAGCGGCUACUCACCGGCCACAGCCCGUACUUUUAGUUUGGACGAUUUACUAAAACCUUCCCCUAGACGUACACCGUCUCCGAAAAAGAAGAGGAACAACUCAACGCCCACGAAGAAAAACGUCGCCGAGAAGAAACAAAUCCUACAACAACUAAUCUCGCCGGUAAACAAACAAACGAACAGAAAGGUGAACCUGGUCGAACUAAUUCAAAUGAGCGAGAGCAAAGGGACUCAAAACGGACCGGGCGCGAAGGUAAAGGAAACUAAGUUUAGCGAAAACGAUGCCGCACUGACCGCCUUAAACGACCCUAAGUUAGAAAAGAAAGUGACCUUUGCACGUUUGCUAAACAAAGUUUCCGCAGAGAUGAGUUCCGGUUCGGAUAUGGAAAUGGGCAUUAUGCAAGCGAACAGGUUGGGAUUUACCUUCGCCCGGCCAUCCAGUACACCGCCCUCGCCCGGUGUUAACACCAGGAGUCCCAACAGUACGUCUAGCAAUCAAGGUAGCGAUUCGUUCACUAGCUCCGAUCUAGCGAUUCCGACCGCUCUUAGCUCGAGUAUAUCCGACUUGCUGAUUAAUAGGCGACAGAAUAGUAAAUCUUCAAUGGGACGUCAAAAACCGGCUAGCGCCGACUCUAUAUUAGCGAUGUUUAGGAAUUUUUCAACCAGCUCCGCUGGCGCCAACCUUCCGUCGUCUCUAAAGUUAACACCUUCUACCACUCCAACGGCGUCUAGUCCGCACGAUGACGUCGUUGGUGACGACGAAUCUUCUUCUUCUUCGGUCCACACACCUAUUUCGUUUUCGAGCGGUCCUCCAGAGAGUCCCAUCUUGCAUCAUCCCGGUUAUAGCCAGAGCACGAUAGAAGUUCCGGUCUUAGAUCCGCUCAGCGCUCACCGGACUUCUGGCAACAAUCUGUUGCAUCCGCCUACGAUUCUAUUGGAAAUACCAAGCACAAUCAAUAAGUGCCUUUCGCCCAUUAGGGAGUUACCUACCCCCUUACCUUCGCCAAUGCCGUCACCAGCCCUUACGCCGGUCAUGAGACGUAGCCCGUCGCCGAUGUCUAAACGAGGCACCACCUCUUCCUCGCUGGACGAUCCAGAAGCCGACGAUAAGAUCUCCAUAGAAAUACCCAACAUCUCCAUAAGCAACAGCGACGAAGACGAUCACUACACCGAUAUCGCCAUCGAUCCGCAAGCUGAAGACGGUCUGAUAUUAGAAGAAGCUGCUGUUAUGAAACACGGUGCCUUAUACAAAACGAAGAUUCGCCCCCCGCCGCUCGGUCAACUCUCCGAUCCCCACACGCAAUCGAUUACGCCUCCGCCCCCACCGCCGCUGGUCAUACCGACCUUGAUCAUCGAAACUCCAUCCCCGACGAGAAAGUCGCCAUCUUUGCUGUUUCCCGGCUCGCCGCCCCCGCAGCGCGCGUUUUCGACACACGAACCUGCCUUCCAAUUUCCUUCCAAGGGUAAUCGGAAAUUUUUCAAGGACUUCGACAAACCCACCUCGCUUGAUUUGCCCAACGCGCCGCCCCUAAUCACCAUCACGUGCAACAUGAGCGAAGUGGACUCGGAUGCGGAAAGCACGUCAGUCAAACCAUCGACUCACCACCACGGAGUGCCUCAAGGAGGCAUGACAUACCUAAGCCCAUUCUCGAUGGGACCGCGGGGCGAACAGCACGCUUCCGAGUCAAAUUUGAGUUCUUCUGGUUACAGCUCGAUGGCAAGUCCCGGACCAUCGAGGUGUGGCUCCAAUAACCCCUUGUGUCCGUCGGAAAUGGAAGACCAAGGACCUCCGGGAUCGGGAAGUUGCCUUCGAAGACAGUCCCUGACGCCCGUAUUAAAAACUUCCUCAAAUACGACCCGCGCGGACCUUAAGCAAAGUACGGGGGAGCAAAGGAGAGGCAGAUCAGAUUCGGAAACGUUAUCCGAUGAUCCUCUGAUCGAGUCCAACGACGAGGGUAUUGGCACGGAUCACAUAGAUGAGAAAAUCGACGAAGGUGAAGUGAAGAGUGCCAAAGAGCUCGAGGUCUUCAUGACCGAUGCCGAGACGAAAGGUGUUUUGGACCUACCGUUAAUGUCGGCGUUAAAUAUGCCGCGAGUGGCCAAAUGUGUAACCAUAGAAGACCCGAUGGAUAGACUGCUACCGCCGGUGGUCUCUUCAAAGAAUUCCCUACAGCUACCUUCCAUAGUCGUUCAACUGGAGACACAUGAGAGAUGUGAGAAAAUGUUAAGCCCGAUGAGUUCGCGUAGCGAGAGUCCAUUGAGUGACCGAACGACCAGAUUUUCGCCUCUGUUUUACGGCAGAAAUAAGGAUCUGCUGCCGUUCACUGACUCGGACGGACUAUACGAUUUUCCGAGCUCGGAUAAAGUGAACGUUUCGAAUCCGGUGCAGCAUAAGAAAGUGGCGAGAAAACGGGAAAAACGAACCCCGCGUUCGUGUAAGACUCCGAGUCCGACGAAACCGAACCCGGCAUGGCACAAUCAUUUAGAUGUUCCUAGCAAAGAUUUCCAAUAUAAAGUUCCGCCUCCCAGAAAACUUAGUCCUAAGCGACGCUUGGUACGUACGCAGAUAGUGAGCUCUUCGUCAAGCUCCGACAGCAUUACUUCAACCAAAGAGUUUAGACGAUCUUCGUCGAGCCCCAGUCCUGAUACCAUUAGGUGGUCUUCGCCCGUUGGUUGGUUGGAUCAAAGGGGACAUAAGUCUCUCGACAUUUCCGUCGAAGAAAAGGACUUUUCGACUUGUAGCUCACCCAUGCUAUCCAAAUCAUUAGACUUAGUGAAAUGCCCACCUAAGCAACCCAAAAUCAGCAGGCUGCGGGCGAUCAGUAACCAAAUAAGGUUUUUAAAAAGACUGGAACAGAGUCUGAAAAGGCGGACGUUGGUCAGUCCGAGUUCGGACACCUUCGACAGCGAAGACGAAUCCCCCAUGGUGACGUCGCCAUUGUUGCAGCCAUCCAAACGUUCUAAAAUAGAGAUUAAGAAGAGUAGCAGCAUUAGCAGAUUGCAAGGUAGCGGCGGAGUCUCAUCUGGACCAGGGAAGACCAGAUAUAGGAAGUGGGACUCGCUACUGACGGAAGAAAAGCAACCCUGGACUAAAGAAGUGAUAUCCAAGAGUGGACGCCAAUCUGAGUAGCGGACUGUGGAAAGUGAAACUUGGUCGGUUUUCGUUGAAACUGUAUUGAAAAUGCAUCAUUAGUUCUUACGAGAUAUAUUAAAAUCUCUGUGGAUAUGUCUAAGUGACCACUUAAAUAAAUCGUUGAAAAAUUCAACUCCCGCGUCCAAAUGAAUUCCCGAAUUCAAAAUUUUGUGAGGCAAUCAAAAUAUCUUAUCAGUAGUAACCCUAGGUCGGUUCUGGGCCACUUUUGAUGGGAAAAUUUGAAUUGCCAUGAAUAUUCGGGUCAGCGCAACAAAAACAAUUACCAACAGUUUCAAUUGCAAGUCGAUCAAGGGAACAAACUUUAUAUAAGUAAUUUUUUAAUCCUGUUUUUAAUGAUCCUGUUGUUAAAAUUGGCGCUGUUAAGUUUACUUAUAAAAAUAUAUGUUUUUUAAAUAUAGCCUAUAAAUUAAAAGCCAUGACGUUUUUAACUCAUUGCCGGGUAUAUAUAUAUAUAUAUAUAUAUAUAUAUAUAUAUAUAUAUAUAUAUAUAUAUAUAUAUACAGGCAAAUGGGAGAGUGUAGCCGUUUAAAAAUAUAGAUUAAAUUAAUUACACAUUGUAAGCCAUCACAAUCUCUUUUUAAGUCACUCAAAUCGUUCUGCCAAUCGAGGAUUAUUUAGCACCAUGACUUAUUCUUUCGCGAUUUCCGAUAUCGAGUUGUUGGGUUACAAAUGAUUCCAUUUGCCAGCAUGAGCCCAGCAUCAUUGUGGCGAAUGUACUGUUAAUUUUUACCAAGUGCCGUUUUUAUGUGUUCGGGAUGUUUUGGUUGUCGGUUUGGUGUCUCUAGCGAAAAUAAAAUUAUAAAUGCUACUGGUUUGUAGCGUUUGUCCGAGUUUACACAACUUGUAUAUAGUCAGUAUUGUAAAUAGGACCCAAUGCUGCGUCGAGCGGCUCGGAUAAGGCUUGUAAAUGAGACUGAUUUUCUACUAUCGACCGUAGUUGUUAGCCAAUCUUACAGUGCAACUUACGUAGUGUUUUAAAAUACGCCAGUCAGCAAUAAGCAACUGUAAAUUAGAAAAAUGGAAUUGAAUCGGCGCUAAACAAUCAGCAUUUGCGCGUCUAAACCACCCCGUAUGUUGCGUUAGGGCACAUUUCUAGUAGUUUCUUUACACACUUGCACUUCACCAUCGUAUAAGCUCACGCGCAAUCUCAUUUGAGAUUAUUCUUUCCGUAUUUAUUCGUAUAAAGGGGAUCUAACUGCCUACUUGAUUAGAAUUUAAAUGGCUACGCAAUGGCAAUUUUUGUUCGGUUGUUUGGCAUAUAGAGUUCUAAAAAGGAGAUCAAUCGAUAACGUGUCACUAUAUAUACCAUAUGACGUACAGGCUAUUGCGAACAUAGUCCUACUUAUUAGUUUUUAUCUGUACAGCAUAAUGGCCCUUGUUCGAAGAGAGUUUUGCAGUACUCGAUGAGAAUUGAAGACUAUUUUUUCAGCAUUGCGUUGUCUGUUCUUCUUUCUAGGGUCCCUAGUUUAUGGUACCCAACCAACAUUUUUAAAUUAAUUUACAACAUUUACAAGCUAAAAGUAACCAAACAUAUUGGCAUCCCCCCCUGUUUAUUGGAACCGUACAGCACGAAAUAAACAUGUCUGUGUCGAAAUAAAUAAUACAUAAAUAUCCUGCCAAGUUUUAAUGUCAUAUACGGGUAUCACCUAAUUACUGAUACCGCUGUGAUCGUCUGAAGAUUGUUGAAGGAUUAGUUCUGGGAUCGCAUCUUUCAGCAUAAGAAGGCGAAAACCGAAUUAAUCUGUUUCGCCAUUUUCGGAUUCCUUAACUUCUAGAGCAAUAUUAUAUAGAGGGAGCAAGAUGUAUGUGGCACAAAUAAACGUAAUAUUUUAUUCACUAAACAAAAUCUGCACUAAACGUUUUCCAUGUAAAUUAAUAUAUCGUUCCGUUGUUUGGUCGAUUUUAAUCACGUUCUUUUUAAGAAAACUGGCAUUUUAUAAGUGGCCAUGUUCUAAAGGCUCAGUUCCCAGUCUCCAUCAUAAUUGUUUCCGGGAAAAUAUGCCUUGGAGAUAUGUCAAUUUUCUUGAAUUGGCGACAUUAAAUUACAGUGUUCAGUUUUCUCGACAAUAAUGUCGGGUUAUAUUGUUAUCUAUUCCGCUGAGAAAGAAUUCGAAUUUAAUUUCAGGUGCUGUGUGAAUUUUAUGUUGUGUUGCCGUUGUAUUGUGAGAAAUCUGAAAAUAUAGCUUUGUUUGACUUACGUUUUGGAUUUGAUUGUAAAACUACCCGGACGUAUCCAG